AUGGCGGAUCCAGAGAAUCAAGACACUGAAAAGGCUCCAAGUCUUACCAAGGAGUACAUAAUCCCUGGAAUAAUCAAAACUGCUGAAUUUGUAAGUUCCUUUUUUUAAAUAGUAUAUUAUACAUCCCCAUACCAAGAGAAAUGCCCAUACUGAUGAGGCUGACGUAAACAGCCAAGCAAUUAAGCGUUUCUUUGCGAGCUAAGUCAGAGCUAAGCGCGAGUUUAACUGAGUACAAAUUUAAUUUUAACUAGCGAGUGGAACAGUGUAAGGGUUGAAAUAAGAUCAAAUACACCCCACGAUGUCAAACAAAAAAGCAAAAAAACAAAAACAAAAACAAAAAACGAAGAGAGAGAGAGAGAGACUGAGAGGAAAGAAAAGAAAAAGAAAAAUGUUGUUAGCUGCAAGCAAAAAGUGCUCCCUUCCAAGCUAUCUAGCCCUUGAAAGUUUUAACCGUUUGAGAUAUAAAACUUUGCAGGAAAAAAGAAUUUGGUCUCCCAACAAUCGCAAGUUUGUCGGAUUUCUUUUUGGCUUGUUACAUCUUUUUUCGUCAAAACAAACUCAACUCCUGCUUCUCUUUUAAUCUAAAGACACAAAAUAUAUAGUAACGUAAAAUCUGCUAUUGUUUUGUAUAAGUAGUUACCAAAGCACCCUCUUGAAGCACCUUUCUUGAACGUACUAUCUUUCGACGCAGUUUAUGUUUUGUUCUUAUCCUUUUAGUUAUUGUUGAUGAUAGCGUUUUCCUUGGCUGCCGACUUUAAAGGUUCAAGUUCCUGGGGGCGGAUGGACUUUUUUCUCUUUGCCACCAUCACCUCGUGGCUCUUGGUUAUCGCCAGACUUGUUUCAUGUUGUUGUAUCGCCUUCGACGCGAUAUUGAUAUUUAAACUUGCGAUCGAUUUCACUAUAUGCGGGGACUUGCUGGUAAGAGUCUCAUAUUAUGAAAAAAAUUACAUGGUUGAAUACUGUGAUAACCAUCUCCCAGCUUAUUUGGUGUUAUCAUCUUAGUCACCUUUCCCACCAAUUCCAAACACCACCUGCUCACGGCACUUGGGACGAUAAUAGUAUACUAAGUUUCUGUAGCGACAUUUUGAGUGGUCCUUUGCAAUUUUAAAUUUGUCACAAGAUCCCCCAUUGGCACCAAAAGCUUUGAAAGGACUCAGUUUUCUCAUUACAUAUUCGAAAUAGGAAACAAGUUAUAUUGCUCGAAAUUACCAAAAAUUGUUAAGGCCAUUUAUUGGAGGAAGUGCUCGUAAAAACUCCCGCAGGCGUUCAGAUAAUGGAGUGCGGCGCGAAGUAAGAGAGCGAGGGUUAAAAAAGGAAGGAAAGACGUCACCCUCUCGCUGUUUUUGCUGCUCACAUCUUUUUGCGACGUCCCCACAAUCUGAACGCCUGCAACGGACUGGUAAACAGAAUUAGCAUGUCACUGCCGCAUGCGAAGGAAGUCAUAUUUUUGCGCCAGGAAUAAAAGGCAGCGUACUGUUCUUUGAUUUUUUUGGUCUUCAGUUUGUCAGUUUUGGAUACCUAGUCUACCUGUUCCCGUAUAUAGAAACCAAAACACAGCUGGUAGAACGCUGUGACUUUCUUGAAAUUACAUUGUAGGUGAUGAUCUUCGAUGCUGUUGUGGCAGUGUUUCUUUUGAUCAGUUCCUCUCUGAUAGCUGAUGAUGCCAGGAGAUGGAACGACAUUCAUGGUGGUUAUCGCCCGUCUGGAUUUUCAGUAGAUAAGCUGAUUGCAGCAGCGGUGUGUAGGAAAAAACAACAAACUAUAAACCUCUCCUUUGUGACACCUCUAUUGAAGGGACACCUCUAUUCAGGGGGCACAAAUUUGGUCCCGUUAAAAUGUUCACAUAAUCUUUGUAUUUGUUACCCCUGUUGAAGGGAAACCUCUAUUCAGGGGAAAGGGGCACCUUUUCUGCGUCCUGAAACCUGAGUUUAACAUUCAUUCAGCGCAGCGGAUUCCUUAGCACUCAAAAAGUUACUGACCACAAAAUUAUUGACAAGUUUAAGUAUACACGUGUCACAAUGCAAUGCAACGGCGACAGCUUUCAAAGCAUGAACUAUCUCACUUAAAUGGAUGUAUUCAACUUGUUGGAAUUCAACACACACUGCGUCGCCGAGAUAAAUCAAUUAUGAUUUUUUUAUACAUUAUCUAGCUGUUUGAAAUAAUGACUACAGCAGAUGCCGAGGUACAAUAGAAGAAAAAUAUUUACCUUGUUGGUUAAUAAUUAACAAACCCCAGCCCAACCUCCAUUCAGCGGACACUUACCUUGGCCCUGAGGGUGUCCCCUCAAUAAAGGUUCCACUGCACAUGUUGACAUGUAACUGACUUUACGCAAAAGGGAAUGGGAGGAUGCAAAACACUGCCAACCUUAAAUUUUGUGCAUGCUGAGACAUGCAAACUUGGGGAGAGGGUAUUCACCAACCCCCGCCGGCCUCUCCAGCGUCAUAAUGACUUCAAAUUACGUCAUUGAGUCAAUCACAUUUUGCCAAGAUGUUGGAUAUGAUGAGAACACGAUGGGCUUCCUGUGAGUACAUUAUUCUAUGCAACUGUGGUGGUCGUAUCAUUUGAGCGGUUUUGAAGUUUUACAAAGGAAGGAAGGAAGCAGAAAAACGUCCAGAACGUCUGCUCUGAAUAGGGUUAACUCGCUUUAAGCAACAAGCUGCCACAACAAGUUUUGAGAUAAACGUUUAUGCAACGCUACGGGAAAUUGCUGAAGUGAUUCUUGUGCCUCCAAGGGUUCAGUUUCUUAAGCCUUUCUUAAUUUUCAAGACUGCAAUAUUGUAGGGGCCUCUGUCAAGAUCAGUUCCUAUGGAGAAUGUUCGUACAGACACAUGAGUUCGAAAUGUUCUGUCUUAGAUUAAUAUGUCUUAUUUUUCUUUCCUCUAAGGCCUUUGGAUUCUUCUCCAUGGUUGCAUUCAUCAUUGAGGCUGUGUUUCACUUCAUGAAAAUGCGAGGAAAGAUGUGA